UCAUUUAUCCCCCACCUCCCGCUACUCGACACUUUUAUCACCCCCUGUUCUUCUUUCUCACCACUACUCUUUCAUUCUAGUACUCCUUCAUCUCUAGCUAUGUCUCCCUUCUCUCUCCAUCUCCCCAAGUAAUAAUUUCCUUCUACUUUUUCACUUUUUUAAUUUCUAAAUAUUAGUUCAAUCAAAUUCAUUCAUUAACAAGCUCACAUGUGAUCCUAUGUACACAAUCAGAUUUCAAAUGAGGAUUCUACCAGCCACAUUUAGAAACUCAGAAACAGGGGCAAACCCAGAAAAUAGUCCCACAAAUGUAGGACAAAAUGGAAGCCAUGUCAGCAGUAAUGGAACAAGUAGUAUUAGCACUGAUCAAGAUGAUACUAAUUUCUACAAUGGAAAUUGGAGUAACCCAAUUGAAUGUUAUGCAUGCACUCAAGUGGGUGUUCCAGUAUUCCACUCUACAAGCUGUGAUCGUGCAGACCAACCCGAAUGGGAAGCUUCUGCGGGCUCCUCCCUUUACCCGACCCGAACCCAUCAUAAUCAUAAGCGUUCUCCAAUGGGUCGACCCAUGAGCUUAUUUGGGGUGAUAGUAGACCCGAGGAGUGAACGGGUACGGAGGUGGAAUCGGGUCAUACUUAUUGCACGUGCGGUAGCAUUAGCGGUUGAUCCGGUGUUUUUCUAUGCUUUGUCAAUUGGGAGAGGAGGUUCAUGUCUUUAUAUGGAUGGAGUGGUUGCGGCUGUGGUUACGAUGAUUCGCACGGGUGUUGAUGCGGUUCAUUUGUGGCACGUGUGGCUUCAGUUCCGGUUGGCGUUCGUGUCGAGGGAAUCAUUGGUGGUUGGGUGUGGGAAACUUGUGUGGGAUGCACGUGCGAUUGCUUCGCAUUAUGUACGUUCUUUGAAAGGUUUUUGGUUUGAUCUCUAUGUCAUUCUUCCUAUUCAACAGGUUGUACUAUGGUCCGUUGUACCAUCGUUGCUCCGACAAGAUAAGAUACAAAUCUUGAUGACAAUACUACUCCUUAUUUUUCUGUUUCAAUUCCUACCCAAAGCUUAUCACAGCCUCUAUCUAAUGAGGAAAAUGCAAAAGGUUACAGGAUACAUAUUUGGUACCAUUUGGUGGGGUUUUGGACUUAAUCUCGUUGCUUACUUUAUCGCUUCUCAUGUCGUAGGAGGAUGCUGGUAUAUUCUUGCAAUACAGCGCGUUGCAGCUUGCCUGUCGCAACAAUGUAAUAGGAUCCGAAAGUGUAAUAUGUCUUUGUCUUGCGCAAAAGGGAUUUGCUACCAGUUUCUGCAACAACCUAGUACAAUCGAACGAUGUGGGGCCAAUUCUACAAUGCCCCGAAAAUCCUUUUGCUUGGAUGAUGAUGGCCCUUUUAGUUAUGGCAUUUAUAGUUCUGCUGUUCCGGUUAUUUCUAGCAAUGCCAUCAUCAUUAAGAUUUUAUACCCGAUUUCUUGGGGGUUAUUCCAACUCAGCACUUUCGGUAAUAAUCUAACUCCGACAAGCCAAUGGGCGGAAGUUUUGUUUUGUAUGUGUCUCGUUCUUGGCGGUUUAAUGCUCUUCACUCUGUUGAUAGGAAACAUCCAAGUGUUUCUGCAUACCGUGAUGGCAAAAAAGAGAAAAAUGCAGUUGAGAUGUCGAGAUAUGGAAUGGUGGAUGAGGCGGAGGCAAUUGCCUUCGCGUUUGAGACAUAGAGUUCGUCAUUUUGAACGUCAGUCUUGGUUGACUACAGGAGGAGUUGAUGAGAUGGAGUUAAUCAAAGACUUGCCUGAAGGGCUUCGUCGUGACAUCAAACGCUAUCUUUGUCUUGAUCUCAUGAAAAAGGUUCCACUAUUUCGCUGCUUAGAUGACUUGAUCCUAGACAACAUUUGCGACAGAGUAAAACCGUUGAUUUACUGCAAAGAAGAAAAGAUAAUGAGAGAAGGAGAUCCAGUGCAAAGGAUGGUGUUCAUAGUUUGCGGGCGAAUAAAAAGCGAGCAAACUCUAAGCAAAGGCAUGGUAGCAAAAGACAUACUUGGAGCAGGAGCGUUCCUAGGCGAUGAGCUCUUGUCUUGGAGUCUUCGAAGGCCAUUCCUUCAUCGACUCCCAGCUUCAUCCGCAACAUUAGAAUGUCUUGAACCAACAGAAGCUUUCGGACUUGAUGCAUACGACCUACAUUACAUCACCGAGCAUUUUCGUUACAAGUUUGCUAACGAAAGCCUUAGGCGAACUUUAAGGUACCAUUCCUCUAUUUGGAGGACUUGGGCUGCCGUUAAUAUACAAUUUGCUUGGCAUCGUUAUGUGAAGAGGACUAGAGGUUUAGUCCCUAAUGUUGAUUCACGUAAUGGAGAUAACGAAAAACGUCUUCUUCAGUUUGCUGCCAUGUUUAUGUCCAUUAGACCUCAUGAUCACCUUGACUAGAUACUCAUUUUAGUCAUUUGUAUUUUAUGUGUAGGUAUGCAAUAUUUAUUUUAUUCUUAAUUUAGAAAUUAAAACAUAAUUAAGUGGGAUCUUGUUUAAUUUGUUUCGAAGCAAAGAUAAAUAAUCUUCAAAUUUUAUAAUUUUUAAUCAUGCUCGAUUAGAGAUAUUUAAUAUUAGAAUGGAACUAAUUCGCUGAUAAA